GACAUGGCCACUUAUGGCGCGGCUGCCAUUUACCUCCGUAAGCCUGAGAGGGAGCGACUUGAGGCCCAAACCAAGCCCUUUGAUGCAAAGUCAGCUUGUUAUGUACCUGACAAGGAGGAGUUGUACCUGAAGGCUAAAGUCCUGAAGAGAGAUGGUGCCAACGUCACUGUUGAACUGAUUGAAAAAAAGGAGGAAAGAGUCGUUAAGGCGGAUGAUGUCCACCCCAUGAAUCCUCCCAAGUAUGACAAGAUUGAGGACAUGGCCAUGAUGACCCACCUCAAUGAAGCCUCUGUCCUGUAUAACCUCAAAGAGCGUUACGCAGCAUGGAUGAUCUACACCUACUCUGGACUUUUCUGUGCCACUGUGAACCCCUACAAGUGGCUCCCUGUGUAUGACCAAGCAGUGGUGGAGGCCUACAGAGGCAAAAAGCGUAUGGAGGCCCCACCCCACAUUUUCUCUGUCUCUGACAAUGCUUAUCAGUUCAUGCUCCAAGACAGGGAGAACCAGUCUGUUCUGAUUACCGGAGAAUCUGGUGCUGGCAAGACUGUGAACACCAAACGUGUCAUCCAGUACUUUGCAACAAUUGCAGUCAGUGGUGGAAAAAAGGAGGCAGCGCCUGGAAAGAUGAAGGUCAGACCCCUUACACAUUUAUGUGCUAAUUAUCAUAAAGCAACACAAACAUUCUCUUCAUAACAACAUAUUCCUUGAAUGUUUCUUCCCCUUGCAGGGCUCUCUUGAAGACCAGAUUAUUGCUGCCAACCCACUGUUGGAGGCUUAUGGUAAUGCCAAGACUGUGAGGAAUGACAACUCUUCCCGUUUUGGAAAAUUCAUCAGAAUUCACUUUGCCGCAACUGGAAAACUGGCUAAGCUGAUAUUGAGACUU